CCCUUCAGCCCGUCACAGGCAGCACGGAGCCACAGCAGCGGUGCAGGAGGCAGGCUACAACGCUGAACAACGCUGGGGAGGACCAGUGAUACAGCAAAACCAACGACAAAACGAGGAUUCAGUGGCAUGGAUUUAACAUUUGUACGCCGCUGUUAAGGGAUCGUAUUCGGUUAUACAUCUCUGUGCACCGGAAGAAAGGUUGCUUGUUUACAUUUUCAUUCCUUUGAGCACAUUCAGUAGCUAAAACGGCUCGCUAUAGUCUGUGUUUAGCUAGCCGGUGAAGGAGACUGGCAGCUAGCUAGCUGACGUUACUCCUCUGUCAGGCUAGCAUCUACAUGAAGGCUAACUUAUCUAGCAGCUAUUUGCUUUCAGUACGGGUGGCAUAGUUUCUCAUUAGAAAACUUACAAAAUGUUAGCUUGUGUUUAACAAAGCCACUAACGGAUAUCACUGGUGAUUUAACACUGGCAUCAGCUGACGUUAGCUCGCUAGCUACUCAGCGAGCGGCCACUAGCUUCUCUUGCCUCGCUAACUGUCACCGUAAAACACUUCAUCGUGUUUUAGAGGCUGUAAAUAUUGGCAUAACUUCGCCUGACAUUUGCAAACAGUCAGUUCUUGGUUGAUAUAUUUAUUUUUCGAUCGUGUUGUCUGUUGGUCGAAGUGUAGUCAAAACGGCGCCGUUAACGAGCUGCAGCCUUAUUGCAUACUGUCAGAGAGCAACCUCCCCCCGGAUCCUCUCGAAAUGCAUCAUCCGGACCCUACAGGAGACUCUGGCAGUGUUAGAAAGAUGGCGCACCCGGCUGUCUUUCACAGAAGGGGUAGCAACACAGGCAGCGGGAGCGGUUCCGCGAUGUCAACACCGGCAAACCCGGUGGUCAAUAACAGCCACGUCCCGGCCGAUGAUUACCAAGCCUCCCUGUUGAUUCAGUGCCAACCCCCUGCUGGGUCAUCCUCCCCGGGUCCCCAUCACAUGCCACCCCACAGCCUGAAUCUGCAUGCCCAGCCCCAGCCCACACAGACUGGAGCUCAGAUAAAAAAGAAGAGUGGCUUCCAGAUUACAAGUGUGACUCCAGCUCAGAUAUCUGUGAGUACCAACAACAGUAUUGCAGAGGACACCGAAAGCUAUGAUGACCUGGAUGAGUCCCACACAGAGGAUCUCUCUUCUUCUGAAAUACUUGAUAUGUCUCUAUCCAGACCUAAUGACAUAGUGGGAGGAGAGAGGAGCUCUUCAGAGGAGACUCUGAAUAAUUUCCAUGAGGCUGAUACCCCUGGAGCUGUCUCCCCCAACCAGCCUUCACACCCACAUGCCAUGAACCAAGCUCAACAGCAUGGUGGGACCAUGGUGAACGGGAAUGUGCAUCAUCACCAUCACCAUCAUCACAACCAUGCCCAGGUCUACCCUCUGUCCUCUGGGCCUGGGAGCACUUCACCUGCCCUCAAUUCUGGAGCUGUACCCUGUAUCACCCAGAAAAUGCCUUCUAACGUGGGGGGCCCUCAAGAGAAUGUUUCCCAGGCUGCCCCUCCAAGUAUUGCCGCUCAGCCCCAGGGGGUUGUGGCCCCGGGAUCCCUCCCUGGAAUGCACAGCUCUGCUAUGGACACUACAGUUGGCAUAGUUAAUCCCCAGACCAGCACUGUUAGUAAUGUGAAUAUGUUGAGCUCUGCCAACGUGCCUGUGAGAGGGGGGAUAAGCAUGAGUGCUAGCAGUAGCAGUGGUGGCUUUCCUUUCAAUGUGAUGAGCAGCAGUGCAGGGAGCGGAGGUGCUGUUACAGGCGCAGGUAACCUUAUAACCCCCACCUCUAAUGUCAACAUGAUCCAGCAACACCAAAACAUCAACUCCAACAUUACUAUGACUACUACGACUUCUGCUGUUAGUGCCUCUGGAGGGAUCGGGGUCCCAGCUGGGAUCCAUGGAAGAGUUGGAUCUGCCGUGCUGCAGCCUGCGAGUGCUCCUAACACAUCUGUGGCCCCUGUAACAUCGGCCCCUGCCCAGCCUGCCCCAGCUCCAGCCCCUGCUGUGGCUACCACCAGCUCUCGCUUCCGGGUGGUGAAGCUGGACUCUAGCUCUGAACCCUUUAAGAAGGGAAGAUGGUUAUGCAAUGAAUUCUACGAUAAGGAGACCCCUGCCUCUGCUCCAAGCUCCGCUGCGUCGGAGACUGGCUCUCACAACAUGCGUCAGUUUGUCUCUGAGAGUUUUGCUGGGACCUCAGAGCGAGAAAGCACAAGUGGAAGUUCAGUGAGUAGCACUAUGAGUACACUGAGCCAUUAUACUGAGAGUGUGUGCAGUGGAGAUGCUGGGGGACACCCAGUACCCCAACACGCCUCCCCUCCACAGGGAUAUCAAGGAAUCCUCCCCAGUGGUUUAAGCAUGGGAGUGUCCCAACCUUACAUGCCCCCGCACGAUAUUACCCCCUCGGCUCCAACUAGCAUUCAACAACCUGUUUCCAUGCAAGGCCACCAGACCGCCAUCCCGACAUCCGCUUUACCCCACCACCAGCUCACUUAUGCCCAGGCAGUUGCUAAUCCGCCCUUAGGCUCCACACAGGGCCUGGUAGGUGUUCAGCAGCAACAGGGAGGCUAUGCCCUGCCACAACAACCACAAUCUAACCACCAAGCAGCCGCGGUGCAGGUGAGACCAGCUGAGUACACCCAUUCACACCAAGGUGUCCCCCAGGCUGCCUCUCAACCUCUCUCCAACCAAACUGGAUCAGCUCCCUCCGGGUCUGCUAACGGAUUAUGUCAGAUGAUAGGAGGCCUGCAGCAGUCACUGCUUCACACCCAGACCUCCUCCUCUAAUAUGCCCUCUCAUAUUGGAGCACCAGGUCUUGGCCAGCGGCCUCAGAGCCACCCAGGCCACCUGGACUGCCAGCAGCAGACACAACAGUCACUCCCAACACAAAUCCAAAAUCUGAGGACCCAGCUGCCCACAACAGUCCACCAGAACCAAGUAUUUGCAUCAAGUGUGCCUCCACCCAACCCUCAGAGCGCCCCCCAAGCCCACAACACUGGGAAUAGCGGUCGGAUGCCCACGCAGGGUGUUCCUCAGAGCCAGGCGUCUUUUCUCAGUUUGUCCCAUGACCACAGCAGCGCCCUGGCUCUGGCUCAUGCUGCCCAGGCCAGUGCCCUCUAUGCCAGUCUGCCUACCUUCACCACCACGCAGCUGCAGGACGCCCAGCGGCUGCUCCUCCAGCACCAGUCGUCUCUGUUGGGGCUGCCCAAGCUGUCCGGAAGGGAGGCUGGGUUUGGAUCCAGCGCUGGCCAGGGUCAGGAAGCUGAUGGCAACGCCACUGCCGCCAGUGCCUUAACUGCAUCAGCUGGUCUAAAGACUGGUGAUGGAGAGGAUGAUGGUUCCUCGGGGGCCAGUGUUGUGGCCAUAGACAACAAGAUUGAACAAGCAAUGGACCUGGUGAAGAGUCACCUGAUGUACGCCGUGCGUGAGGAGGUGGAGGUCCUGAAGGAGCAGAUCAAGGAGCUGAUCGACCGUAACUCCCAGUUGGAGCAGGAGAACACCCUGUUGAAGACCCUAGCCAGCCCUGAGCAGAUGGCCCAGUUCCAGGCGCAGGUUCAGACCGGCUCCCCGCCCGCGCCUCCAACAGCGGCAACACCGGGACCCCCAAACACCACCCAACUCACCCAGCCCAACUCGCACAGCUCUGGCCCGUCGGCGUAGCAUGGUCUGCACAGACUGACGGACUAACUGAAUCGUUUUUCAGUUCUGCUACAGCAGCAGAGCUAAGCCUUGCCUUCUGCAGCAGGAGGCUACGCUGUCAAGGCAAGAAUUUGCACAUAUUUAUCUCUCAGAAGGAUGCAGCCAGCGGGACGAGCAGCGCAGUGCUUUACAACAUGGCGGUGGAGUGGGACAAUUUCGAAAUGCUGUGUGGGGGGCGGUUGGUUUCGGGGGAGGAUUCAAUCAUCAGAACAUUUGCCAAAAAACCCUUGGACAUAUCAAUGAGAAUGUCUUACCAAGAAGAAACAAAACUGCUUAUCAGUGGCGAUAAUACCCUUAGCUAUAGAUUAAAAAAAAAUCACUGUCUGGAUUUUAGUGAUGUCGAUUUGACUGAUGGUGGCGAUGGAAGAGUACGAGGUAGAGGAUUGUAUUACCUUUUUGCUGAAUGAUGUAAAUUAAAAAGUGGUUCCCUCUCAAGGCUAUAUCCUAAAGUUACAGGCUGAGAUAUUCGAGAGAAAGAUAAAAAGGCCUUCAGAGUGACAAAUGAGGAAUGUGAGCAAUUAUUAAGACAAAGUCCCCAUCUGGAAUGGGGGAGGGGUGGGAGGGUGUUUUGAACAAUACAUGGCAGCAUUGAUGACGUUACUUCAAAUGUGGGUUGCUGGGAUGAACAAACGGUGGUUUCUUAUGGAGGAGGUGAUAUUCUAUUUCAGUAUUUCACUUUCAAGCUCCUCAUUUUGCCCUAGACAAAGCUCAUCAUUGCUGUUCUCUCAACCCUGCAGUGGCAUGUCAUUUAAACCUUAUUCAACAGGGUUGAGACAUUGGGCUUAGCUGCAUUUUCUCUUUUUCCUAAAAGUUUGAUGGGCAGAAGAAGAUGUAUAUUUCUGUAUAGUGUAAGUACCAUGUAAAAUAGGGAGGAGAAGGAGAGAAACAGAGGUUAUCUUGGUCACACAGAUUGAAACGGGUGAGCGAGGAACGUCUAUUUUUAAUGCUGUAUUUUCAAGACUGGGUGGACAGGAGUUUAGGUUAUUUAACUUACAACACAACAGCCAACAAUGUUAUCCAUAUCCCUUACUGCAACAAUAACUUAAUGUAAAAUCAUUUUUCCUUCUGGCGUAUUGCACUUUUCUUUGACUGAAGUAUUUUUGGAUGAACAAUAUCUUAAAACUCAACAUAAAACACUUUUUUUCAUAACAUUCUGUGUAUCAGUUGUAUGCUCAUGUUCUGUGCAUGUUUCUGCAAAAAACCGGAUAAGAUAUAGUAACAUAAAUACCACAAUUGCACUUGACAGUUGCACAUCACAACUUUCAAUAAACUGCUUAAGGAAGAAUAAUCA